AUGCGACCGCUCGCUCCAACCGGAACCGGAUACAACCUGGGCCCUUCCCCCUCUACCCCUCUGCUGGACGGAGACAACCUGGGCCCUUCCCCCUCUACCCCUCUGCUGGACGUAGACAACCUGAGCCCUUCCCCCUCUACCCCUCUGCUGGACGGAGACAACCUAGGCCCUUCCCCCUCUAUCCCUCUGCUGGACAGAGACAACCUAGGCCCUUCCCCCUCUACCACUCUGCUGGACAGAGACAACCUAGGCCCUUCCCCCUCUACCCCUCUGCUGGACGGAGACAACCUAGGUGCUUCCUCCUCUGCUGGACAGAGACAACCUAGGCCCUUCCCCCUCUACCCCUCUGCUGGACAGAGACAACCUAGGCCCUUCCCCCUCUACCCCUCUGCUGGACAGAGACAACCUAGGCCCUUCCCCCUCUACCCCUCUGCUGGACAGAGACAACCUAGGCCCUUCUGCCCCUCUACCCCCUUUCUGCUGGACAGAUACAACCUAGGCCCCUCUGCCCCUCUACCCCUCUGCUGGACGGAGACAACCUGGGCCCUUCCCCCUCUACCCCUCUGCUGGACGGAGACACCCUGGGCCUUCCCCCUCUACCCCUCUGCUGGACAGAGACAACCUAGGCCCUUCCCCAAGCCAAGCUUCCCCAUGCCAAGAGUGUGCAAAGCUGUCGUCAAGGCAAAGGGUGGCUACUUUGAAGGCUCUCAAAUCUGA